AUGGCACCAGGCAGCGCGACGGACAGCCAGAUCCGACGCGCUUUCCACAUGAAGGCGGCGCUCCAAUGGCACCCUGACAAGUGUAACGCCCCGGAUGCGGCCGACCAGUUCCGGAAAGUGAAAGAGGCCUUCCAGAUCCUCAGCUCCAAGACGACUCGUCGCGAGCACGAUGCAAAGCUGGAUGCCGCCCAGGUGCAUGUGCCGUUCCCUGAUGCGAGACCUGUGAGACCUGUUCGGGAGCCCAUCGCCACCUUCCGACAGCUGCUGUCGGAUUCAGGGAAGGCAUUGGCCGUGACGGAGCUGAAAGCCUGGUCAGCGAGGUGUGGGAUCCCGUGGCCUAUGGGCUGCUUCGAGAGAGCGGAGCUCCUCUCAAAGCUGCAGCAAGAAGCCGAAGGUGAGCUGGACCGCCGCGUGCGCCGCCAGGAUUGGCCUGAGCUGCACAAGGCGGACCUGGUGGCCUGGCUGGAAGCACGCGGCUGCAGCUUGAAGUUCGCCCUGGAGGAUGAUGCGGUGGACAAGAAGCGGCUCAUCCAGCUGGUGUCUGGCCGCUUGGCGCGGGAGCCGUGCCAUCCGUGCCCAACAGCCAGACCCUCGUCUCCGCCAGCCUGCAGCCCGCACAUGUUCGGAUCGCCGACGGCAGCAAGUCGAGCCCCUUCGCCCUCCGCGUCUUUUGCGCCCUCUCCUUCCAUGCCUUCAGCGCCUUCCGCGGCUACGAGCUGCACAGUCAAACCUUCCACUCCCACCAAAAGAGCACGCAAGAGCAAAGGUGGAUUCUGCUGGGCGGCCUUCUGGCUUGGAGCCAGGCCGCCGGCGGAGGCGAAAGCAAAGCCCAAGGCCAAGCCUAAGGCCAAGGCCCAGACGAAGAAGGCUGCCGCCCCGAAGAACGAGCCGGCAAAGCCGGCCCCGAAGCGCAAGAGGUGCAGCUCGUCGGAAAGGCCAUCCAGGAGUCGAAGUGCGACGGCCGCAACGGCUGCGACAGCUGCUGCUGUGCAGGGGACAAUGGCGACACCCAAGGAAACGACGCAAGAGAUGCCCCAGCCGCCAGUGGCCUCGUCCACUUCCUCCAGCUCAAGUUCCUCGAGUUCCGAGUCCUCGCAGAGCUCAGAGACCUCAGGAGACUCUGGAAGCUUGCAGGUGGCGAAGGCGCCUCCGCAGCCCAAGCGGCGUCCUCGCAGGGAAGCCGCUUCGGGCGACCGAGCGAAACUCGAGGAGCUGCGCGCAAGGCUUGAGGCCCUGCGAGAGGCAAAGAUGGAGGCGGACUAUCCCAAGGCGCUCCCUGUCCUGAAAGAGCUGGGCACGUUGGACGAGCAGGGAAGGAUCACGUGGAAGCUUCUCCAGCAGAGUAGGCUCUAUAGCGAGCUGAACAGGGUGUUCUGGCGGCAGCAGGUGCACGGCGCAAGCUUCGGGCUCGCCGGAUCUUUGCUUGCCAAGUGGGUUCGGCGCCGCGAGGCAGCUCAGAAGAGCGGCUGA